AUGGUGGCUUUGAGAGCAGAUAGGUUGACAAUUUUGAUCCUCCUUUUCUUGGUGAUUAUGGUGAGUGUGGAAAUUGGCAGUGCAAGGAAUGUUCCUGAAACAACUAGUGUUAUUGGUGAUGGAACCGCUUUUGAAGGGCUUAAGAUUAAGAAAUGUUGUAAUGAAUAUAUUCAACUUUGUUGUAGUAGUGCAGAUUCUGCUGCUCAACAUGAUACCAAGUCUUCUCAUGAGCUUGAGAGUGCUACAAAAGGAGAUGAUCCUAAGGUUGAGGAGAGUUUGGUUUUAGGUAAAAAUAGGAGACAAAUCUUUAGUUUAAAGGAAGGGGAAAAGAAAAAUUUUAGAGGGUAUUGUGCUUUGGGGAUUAGAUAG